AUGCAGACUCCUAGUAUCGGCUGGCAGAAACUCCAGGAUGUCUACUACCAUCUAAUAGCAUGCUAUCUGGAUAUGAAUUGGGACAUAUCCAACCUCUAUUCCCAGUUCAGAGUAGCGGUAUCGACACACAGCACAGUCAUGGCACUUGCUACCAAACUAGCCACAUAUCCAAACAUAAUUGAUGUAUAUUCAUUAAGCGGAACCAAGUUGUGGUCGGUGGUUUAUAAUAGCCAUGCAAGUGAUCACAUUGUUGACUUUGCAUUUCGUAACGAGGACUUGUGUGUGGUACUAAGCAAUAACAAGUUCCGCUAUUACCUGGAUUUCAAGGGCACUUUCAACGAAUACUCAUAUAUCGACAAACGCACCGAGUUGAUCAAUAUGUCUUCUUCUUCCACCACCAAAACCGAUUCUCCCUCCGGUCAUUUUAUCACCAACUUGGAAAACUUGCAACAAGAACAAGUUUUCAGGGUGCUACAGCUGAAAAUAAUGGGUAAUUUUCUAGUACUAUUACUAGAUGAUCGCUUACUUGUGACCAAUCUCGAAACUUUCAAGAACUACGAAAUCUCGGUCCCAAACUGGAGCCUUGAAAAAAUACACUGCUUGACAGACGCUAGUUCAGACGAAAAUCUGCUCGCAUUGUUCAUCAGUUACGACAAAACCGUAUACGUACUCAACGUUGACUUCACCUCUAACAGCUUCGAAUUGAUUGACCAGAGUCUCACAGACGGCCCGUUUUCCGUGGUGAGUGCCUCGCCCAGCCGCCAGCUUAUCGCUUUGCAUAAUAAGGAAGUUUCCAAAAUAUUCGUCAUCAACAAUCUGUUUGACCAGGUACUUUUAGAAUACGACACCUCGAACGAGUCUGGUACUCCAUUUCAAGUCGAGUGGUGUGGUAAUGAUGCCAUAAUUCUCUCUUUGAGAGACGAAAUAAAGCUCAUUGGCCCUGCCCAACGCUCCGUUUCUUUCUUCUACGAUAUCAUGGACGAUAUAGGCGACGACUAUGUCGACUACGGUAAGUCGGUAUCCAUUCCCAUUUUGAAAACUCAGCCGGAUGGAGUUACUAUAAUAUCCUCGGAUCGAGUAGAAUUCUUGGGAAGGGUAGCCGACAGCUCAGUAAAACUAUUUGAGAUCGGUGCGUCAGAUCCUGGAAGUAUACUCGUUGAUUGUUUCGAGAAACUUUCCGCUCAUCCUUCCAAAGCAGAUUCAAAUAUAUCCAUGCUUAAAGGCGAGGAUGUACUCGAACCGGCAAUAGAAACAUGCCUAGAUGCCGCCUUACGAGAGUUCGAUCCUAUAUGGCAGAAGCGAAUAUUGAAAGCUGUCAGUUUCGGAAAGGCAUAUUUCGAGGGCUAUAUCUUUGAUUCUGACAGAUAUGUGCAAGUUGUGAAUACCUUGAAAGUUUUAAACCAGCUUCGUGCUCCGGAAUUGGGCCUCUUUCUCACAUUUUCUGAGGUAGAGUUUAUUGGCUGGAAGAAAUUAAUCGACAUGUUACUACGGAGAGAUCAACAUGCAAUGGCUCUACGCAUUACGGAGUUGGUGAACAAGAAGGACUUGGAUAACCUAGUGUAUAUACACUGGUGUUGUUCCAAAAUUAAGAAAGAGCUCAACAUGUCUGACGAAAACUUGUUAACAUUAAUUGAGAACAAAUUGAGCACAAGUUCAAAGGGAGCGGAUGGAAACGUUGUUCCUAUAGAGCAAAUAUCAAAAGUUGCGUUGGAGGAGGGCCGUAAUAACUUGAGCAAGUGGAUAAUUGAAAAAGACCCUUCUCCGUAUAAUCGAGUUAAACAAUUUCUAGCCAUUGGAGAACCUGAAGUUGCCUUAAUGAAAGCUUUUGAAACAUGCGAUUCGGAUUUGUGCAAGUUGAUCCUUCUACACCUAUUUGACACCUUAUCUUUGUCUCAAUUCUUCAAGAUACUCGAUCAAAAUGAACAAAAUUCAUGGACAAAACGUCCUCUGAAAGAUCGAGCCGGUAUCUUGAAUAUUAAUGGUGACUUAAUAGGCAACUUCUGGACACAGACUAUUGGUAAGGAUAAUCUGACAUUAUUCGAGCAGUAUCACAAGCAAGAAGAUAAAAGAUUUGAGCUCUGUAUUCAUCGACUUCGCCAAUUCAUAGCCGGGGCCAAUGUUGACCAUGAAUAUUACGAAAGCUACAAGCUGAAAUUGACCAAAGCGAUGCAUAGAACUAUAGAUAAUCGGCUGCGAAAGAUUUUUGAAAAAGAACUUGAUAUACUUGAUCUUCGUCGAAAACUCACCGAAAUUUACCAAACCGACUUUUUCACGACAAAAACCCUCGUUGACGUGGUGGUGAAAUUGAUACAAAUGAACCAGCUAAAACAAGCCAACAGAGUGUGCAAGGAGUUCAAUGUUGAUAUCGAGAAGCUUUGGUACAUUACUGUUGACUCUUGUUGCAAAUCUAGAGAUUUUGACAAGUUGAUGAAAUUCAUUAGAGCCCAUAGUGACACCACUACAGACACUGGAUUGAAGUCACCAAUUGGAUUUGGCGCCAUAAUUGAAACCUGCUUGGCAUAUUCUGCACCAAAGCAAUAUACUUCCGUUCUCAUCAACAAUCUUCAAAAUGUGCACUACACUCGAAAGGUCGAAUUAUAUCUUAAGAAUGAUGACAUAGUUCUAGCUGCUCAGGAAGCAUCCAAGAACCGAGACACCGAGUAUUUGAAGCACAUAUAUGAGCGUGCCGAGGGUAACGAGGCACUAGAAAAUGCUGUGAAGAGAUUUAUGAGGGAAACGAGAUAA